CAAAAACAGAGUGGAACACCCCGAUCCUAUAAAGGCUGAAGUCAAAGGUAGAGUAGCAAACUUGCUGACCAGCGAAGUAGGCUACAGUGUAGACGCGCACUCUACCUUCGUGGCUGCAGGGAACGCUGUUGCGUAAUGGCCCCGGGAUGUUCUCCGUGGGAGACACUAGCUACAAACACUGGUUUGAUGGUAUGGCGUUGAUGCACAGCUUCACGAUCAAAAACGCUGCAUUGUACAAUGUGAUUUGGAGUUAAUAUUUCUCCCAGGUGAUGUGAUCUACAGAAGCAGAUACCUUUGUGGUGACACCUAUAAAUCAAACACAGAAGCCAAAAGAAUUGUGGUGUCUGAAAUGGGGACAAUGGCCUACCCAGAUACUAGCAAAAGUAUAUUCACCAAAGUGAUCACCUUUCUUUCACAUACCAUCCCAGACUUCACAGACAACUGUGGGAAUAAUAUAAUAAGAUAUGGGAAGGAUUACUAUGCCACCUCUGAAACCAACUAUAUCCGAAAAAUUGACCCAGAAACUCUGGAGACAUUGGACAAGGUGGAUUACCUGAAGUAUUUGACUGUGAACCUGGUGACAUCACACCCACAUUAUGAUAAAGAGGGCAAUACGUUUAACAUGGGCACCACAAUAGCAGAGAAGGGCAAGACAAAAUAUACUAUAUUCAAGGUCCCGUCAGCUGCAGAGGGUAGCGCUCAGGAAACCCCAGCUCUGAAGAACCUGGAGGUUAUAAGCACUAUUCCGUGUCGCUCCCUGCUUACUCCAAGCUAUUACCACAGCUUUGGCAUGACAGACAACUACUUCAUCUUCAUAGAGCAGCCGUUCAAACUCGACAUCCUGAAGAUGGCCACUGCAUAUAUGAGAGGGGUCAACUGGGCCAGCUGUCUCAAAUUCCAUCCUGAAGACAAUACACUGAUUCACCUCAUCGACAGAAAGACUGGGAAGCAGGUGGAGACUAAAUUCUUCACAGAUUCCAUGGUGGUGUACCAUCAUGUCAAUGCAUUUGAGGAGGAUGGCCACGUGGUGUUCGACGUCAUUGCCUACAAUGACAACAGCCUAUAUGAUAUGUUCUACCUGAGCAAAAUAAAAGAGGAUUCAGAAGAAAACAGAAAAGCUUACUCCAGACCAAAGUGCAAGAGAUUCGUCCUGCCUGUACAGACACAUGCGCAGGCUCCGAUUGGAGAGGAUCUAGUGAAGCUCAAGUUCACAACAGCCAGUGCUGUGAAAGAGAAGGAGGGUAAAAUACACUGCCAGCCUGAGAUCCUUUGUGAAGGUGUGGAGCUUCCCAGAAUUAACUACAACUUCAAUGGCAAGAAGCAUGGAUAUGUCUACUGGACCAGUGCAGAAAUGUCCCCCGUUUCUUCAAAGAUAAUGAAGUUUGAGGUGGAAACAAGGAAGUCGGUGGAAUGGACAGAAGAAAACUGUUUAGUCUGUGAACCUGUGUUCAUUGGCAAUCCCAUGGCUAUUGAAGAGGAUGAUGGUGUGGUUUUGGCUUCAGUCAUCUGUACAGACCCAGAGAAAUCCAACUUCCUGCUGGUUCUGGAUGGCAGGUCGUUUACGGAGAUCGCCCGGGCAUACGUGGACGCGGACCUCCACAUAGACAUGCAUGGACACUUCAUCCCUCAGUAUAAUUAGGGUGUAGACACUGUCUCAACACCUCUGCACUUUAACUCUGCUCCAGAAAUUUUAUGGGAUUAAACAUGACUUGAAUGAAACAAAGUCCUUUAUACACACAUUCUGCUUUGGUCUAGCGAUAUAAGAGUUGUGUGUCACAUAAAAAUGUUGAUUUUUAAGACUAGUCUGAUCGCAAAAACAUUGAGUUUGAUCUUAUUGUAAUAGUUAAUUGCAGAGAGGGGAGCUGUUUAUUUGUUAGCUGCAUACUGCCCAAAACUAGAACUUUUAGUGAUGCUUUAAUGAUAAAUGCACUCAGCCGUUCCCAUAGAAUCAAACUCAUUAUAGUAUCAUCACUAUAGACAUUUUGGUAGUGGAUCAGAAUUCAUUGUUCCUUCCCUUGCAUAUUAGAUCCUGGAAAUUCUUCCAUUUUUUCCACAGAUGAGAUACAAGCCAUGCAUGGACACUGCAUAUUUACCGAGGUUCAAAGACUUUCAAAACUCUGGAAAUAGUUUUCUCUUUAUUUUCACACAGAAAAUAUUAUUUAUUUUCCUGGACAAUACAUUAUUUUAAGUGAUACAUUCUAAUGGCUUGAACCACAUUGAUAAGCACACUACAAUAGUGUAAAAUCCAAAAUUGAAUAUAAUUCCUCGCCGUGGAAUUUGGUAUAUAUACUGUACAUUUCAUUGGAAAUUUCAGUACUUUCAUAUAUUUAAUUUGUUGUGAUUUUAUUAAAUAAGUUCCCCUCCUCUGUUCUGUGUGCAGCUUGGCUUAACCCUGUGGCAUUUAACUCCCUCUAUCUCUCAAGUCAUUUCUCCCACCUGUGACCAUAUUGGCCCCAUAUAUGGGCAGCUGUUCUUCACCAAUGUUACUUUUUUUUAAUUUAUUGAAAUGCUGUAAAUUAAAUUACAAUUUUUUCAAAGCUGCAAGAUUGCAAAAGCAGUUGUCACAAUCAGGAGUUUUACAGUUUCCAUUGUCACUAAGUUUUAAUGAAUGAGGUUGUGUAGGUUUUGGGAGUAACACUUUUGUUUCUCAAAGAAAAAAUCCAAGCUGAUUGAGGUUACACUAGUAAGCCAGUGUUUAUUAGUUAAGAACAUUGAAAAACAUUGUUGCAACGUUAAAACCAAGUAUCAGAUACGCUGUAUUAAGUGUUCAUUGUCAAAAGCUAAUUCCCAACCCCUGCCCCCAUCUAAUGAAAAUGAUCAUUAAAUGGCCAUACAAACAA